AUGGGACAGUACAUGCAGUCAGGUUGGCAAUGGCAGUUUACGUGGAGAAGAUCGCUGUUUGAAAAUGAAAUUGAAUCAAUAGUCAACUUCUUAAAGGAUAUUGAAGGUAUACACAUUCAGCAGCAAGGAACAGAUGAAUGGGAAUGGUUAGGUGAUCAAACAAGGACUUAUUCCACCUGCAGCGCCUACAAUCUGGUUAUGGAAGCUUCUAAAGGAGGUCAACAACAGGAUUGGUGUAAGGAACUAUGGAGGAUUAAACUUCCUAGCAAAAUAACAGUUUUUGCUUGGAGGUUAAUAGAAGAUAGGCUACCAACCAAGAUGAAUUUACAUAGGAGACAUGUGCAACUGCAGGAUCUGCGAUGUCCUUUCUGUAGAGAAGCUGUAGAGGAGGCAUCUCAUUUGUUCUUCCAUUGCAUCUUCAUCCAACCAAUUUGGUGGGCAUCGAUGUCUUGGCUGAACUAUCAUACUGCCUUUCCUCUUGGGCCUAAACAAAAUUUUCUACAGCAUAUCUUCACUGAGGUAAAAGGAUUAAAGAUUAAGAGAUGGAGAUAUUGGUGGAUGGCGGUCACAUGGGCUAUAUGGAAACUCAGAAACAGAAUUCUGUUUUCGAAUGCAGAAUUUGAUGCUAACAGAUUGUUUGAUGAGGCUGAUGAUGAUGAUAACAUUGUUCUCCAUAUAGCAGCAGAAACAGCAAAAAUGAUACGUGAAAAUCUUGAUUAG